UGGCCCCGCCCUCGCCCGCGGCUCACGUAGAUCAUCCAGCGGGCGUAACGCUGGCGCAGGUUGUGCAGCACGGCUGCCUCGUUGAGGUGCGUCAUCAUGGCCAUGUCCUCAAUGCAGGGGCAGGAGGCCUGGCAGAAUGGGUGCUGAUGGAGCUACAGGGGGCGAUCGAGGCUCGCCACAGCACCGGAUUAGCUGGAAACCUCCUACAGGGGGCGAUCGAGGCUCGCCACAGCACCGGAUUAGCUGGAAACCUCCUACAGGGGGCGAUCGAGGCUCGCCACAGCACCGGAUUAGCUGGAAACCUCCUACAGGGGGCGAUCGAGGCUCGCCACAGCACCGGAUUAGCUGGAAACCUCCUACAGGGGGCGAUCGAGGCUCGCCACAGCACCGGAUUAGCUGGAAACCUCCUGGGAGACCUGCAUGACACCACUGAGGGACUCCCUGUGCUGAUCGCGGGCCAUCAUAUCCUGUAUGGGAAAAUCAUCCGCCUGGAGAAACCUUUGGCCGUCCUAGUCAAGCAAGCUCCGGGGGAGCAGGACUGUGAUGAGCUUGGCCACGAGACUGGCACCCAGUACCUGGUGACAGCACUCAUCAAAAACGAGAUCCUUUUCAAAACCCGCCCUAAGCCCAUGAUCACCAACGUCCCCAAGAAA